CCGUCAUGCCUUGGUAAAGGGCGGCCCGCGCCCCGCAGCAGCCCGGCCGGCCGGGGCGGAGCGGCGCGGCAGCGGCGGAGGGAGGCGGGAGGCGAGCGGCGGGGCGCGCCGCGGGCGCCCGGGAGGAUGGUGUCCCAGCUGAGCGCCCUGCAACGGGAGCUGCUGGGAGCCCUGCUCAGCUCCGGAGCCACCAAGGAGGGCUUGAUCCGCGCCCUGGAGGACAUGGUGCCCGCCGCCGGCUUCGGCGUCAAGCUGGAGAGCCUGCCGCUGUCCCCCGGAGGGCCGCCCGACGGCAAGGCCGCCUUCGCGCCGCUGGCCAACGGGCACGGCAAGGGCAAGCUCUCCGGCGAUGAGGGCUCGGAGGACGGCGACGACUUCGACACGCCGCAGAUCCUGCGGGAGCUGCAGGCGCUCAACACGGAGGAGGCCGUGGAGCAGCGCGCAGAGGUGGACAGGAUGAUCAGCGAGGACCCGUGGCGGGCGGCGAAGAUGAUCAAGGGGUACAUGCAGCAGCACAACAUCCCGCAGCGGGAGGUGGUGGACGUCACCGGCCUCAACCAGUCCCACCUCUCGCAGCACCUCAACAAGGGCACCCCCAUGAAGACGCAGAAGAGAGCCGCUCUCUACACGUGGUACGUCCGCAAGCAGCGGGAGAUCCUCCGGCAGUUCAACCAGGCAGUCCAGGGUUGUGGAAAUAGGACAGACAAAAGCAGUCAGGAUCAGCUGCUGUUUCUCUUUCCAGAGUUCAAUCAGCAGAACCAGGGGGCUGCCCAGCUCGACGACGCCUGCUCCGAAACCCCCAGCAAGAAGAUGCGCCGCAACCGGUUCAAGUGGGGGCCGGCCUCCCAGCAAAUCUUGUACCAAGCCUACGACCGCCAAAAGAACCCCAGCAAGGAGGAGCGCGAGGCGCUGGUGGAGGAGUGCAACAGGGCCGAGUGUCUGCAGCGGGGGGUGUCCCCGUCCAAGGCGCACGGGCUCGGCUCCAACCUGGUGACAGAGGUGCGGGUCUACAACUGGUUUGCCAACCGGCGGAAGGAGGAAGCUUUCCGGCAGAAGCUGGCCAUGGAUGCCUACAGCUCGGGCCAGCCCGCCCCGCACAGCAUGAACCUGCUGCUGUCCCACGGCUCCCCGCACCACAACCAGCCCAGCGCCUCGCCGCCCAGCAAAAUGACAGGGGUCCGGUACGGCCAGGCGGCGAGCGGCGAGGCGGCACCCUCCGGCACCAUCAGCCACCACGGCAGCGGCGCCAUGGUCCCCACGAGCCAGGCCGUGCUGCCGCAGGUCUCCCCGGCCGGCCUGGACCCGGGCCACGGUUUGCUCUCUCCCGACGGUAAAAUGAUCUCGGUUUCGGGGGGCGGGCUGCCCCCGGUGAGCACCCUGACCAACAUCCACAGCUUGUCGCACCACAACCCGCAGCAGUCCCAGAACCUCAUCAUGGCACCGCUCUCGGGAGUUAUGGCCAUCGCACAGAGUCUCAACACCUCGCAGGCGCAGAGCGUUCCCGUCAUCAACAGCGUGGCCGGCAGCCUGGCAGCUCUGCAGCCCGUCCAGUUCUCGCAGCAGCUCCACAGCCCGCACCAGCAGCCGCUGAUGCAGCAGUCGCCCAGCCACAUGUCCCAGCAGCCCUUCAUGGCCACCGUGACCCAGCUGCAGAACUCGCACAUGUAUACACACAAACAGGAGCCUCCCCAGUAUUCCCACACUUCCCGCUUCCCCUCAGCGAUGGUGGUGACGGAUACCAGCAGCAUCAGCACGCUCACCAAUAUGUCUUCCAGUAAGCAGUGUCCCCUGCAAGCCUGGUGAUGCUCCACACCUCGCUGCUUCCGCACAUAGCAACGGGAUCUUAUUUUCCACAACAUCCCGGAGGUGACCCGUGUGCCGAGCCCGGGGAGUCGCCAGAGCAAAGCCCAGCGCCGCAGCGAGGAGCCCAGCAACCCGGAAAGGAGCCGGAGGCUCGAGAUUCCCCAUCGGAACGGGCCCGGAUUCAGUGGGGCCCACCCGGGACCUCUCCUUCUCUCCGUGCAGUAUUUCCAAGCUGUGUCUUGGGGAUUUUUUCCUGAAGUAUUUGCCUUCCACGAGGCCGCUGGCUCUCCCGAGGAACUGCAACGAGCUGUGCUGGGAACUGGCAGAGGGGGAACAUGGAUAAUAUUUAAGUUAUACUCCUCCACCCGACGGACUGAGAGGGACUUGGGUCUGUUACGUGGCGUUUGGAAGGAGGAAUCGCAUGUGCUGUUGAACUGAGCCAAUUGAACUGUAAAUAUAGGUACAGUCUGCUCCGUCCUCACCCUUCCCCGCUCCUAUACAUAGAGAUUUAUAUAAAAAGAAGUAAAUUUUGUCCAAUGGAUGUAAACUACUGUAAUUAAGUGCAAUUCUGCCAUCUGUAUAUAUUGUUCCCAAAUCUCUUCUCUUUCUCCUUUUUUUUGUUUUUUUUUUGUAAAGGUCAGAGCUGAGGGUGGUUUUGGUGUUGUAUUUCUCUUCUUCCGUUAAAUGAGUUAAUUCAAAGGCCACACUGGUCUCUGUGGGAGGACAGGCAGAAGUGUGUCCUCUGCAUGGUGACAUCCCAGGUGAAGGAAAGAUACAGGGCGGAGCCCCAGGCAGGACCUGGACCAUCUGCAGGGGGAAAACUGCCACUGUGGAGAUCUCAAGGGACUCUCCUGCCUUUGGGGGCUCUGAGGUCAAUGAUGGGGUGCAGAAGUGCUCAGCAGCCUGGUCAGCACAUCAGGCUAUUUGGGAAGUGUUCAGCAUCGGCAGCUUUCAGGUGAGCCUGUAGCAUUUGCUGCUACAGAGGUGAAUGGGGCUGCAAGGAAUUCUGGUGGGGUCUUCCUCAAGUGCAGUCCAGAGACUCCUUUCCUCCCCUUCUUGGGGCGCAGAAGGUGCCCAGUUCCUGCCCAGUAAUGGCCAGUACAGGUGGCUUGUUUUCCACCAUUAGCAGCUUGAUGAUGAGCCUUGCUGGUCCACUCUUAUCAAUAAACACAGUGCUGCAGUAGCUGUAAAAGGCACCAUCUCCCCUCCUGUGAGACACAAGCUCCUCCAUCCCUGCUCCCCCUUGUAAACAGAUUGAAUGCUCCCCAGUUUUACAAACCUUUUGUUAACUCUUGAGCAUGUGCCAACUACUGAGAGUGGUUUCAAGAGGUGCCCAUGGAUGGAUGACCACUGCUAAAAGGAAAUGCACUGGAUGCUUUCUUUGGGGCAAGAAAAGCUCUUUUGCUCUGUGUUUGUACAAUGUCGAGUGCAGUGGGACUCUAACUCUUGCUGGGACUGAUAGGAGUUGCCCUGCUGUAAAUAAGUCAUCAUGAAUUGGAGACCAAUACUCAGAAUGACAUUUAAUUUAAUGUAUACCGUAAUUAAACACCAUUUCUUCUGAA